GGCCGGGUGGUGUGGUUACGGGUGUGGUGGCACCGCCGGCAUACUACCAGGUUCCUGUGGCAGGGGCGCCGGGGGGUAGCGGUGGCGGUGUAGGUGGGGGAGCAGGCAUGCAAGUGGAUGCCGCUGCAGCUGCGGCGGCAGCGUAUGAGCAGGAGCGCGUGCGGAUAGCCAUUGCGGCUUCCCUGGAGGAGGAGAACAUGCGGAGAGCCAUGCAGGCUAGCCUGGAGGAGGCUGAGAGGCUGAAGGCGGCUCGAGCAGUUGCGGAUGCGGAGCAGGCGGCGCUGGAUGCCGCCAUCGCCGCCUCCCUGGAGGAGGAUCAGCGGCGACGUAUCCGCAUGCAGUCGGCUCCCUCGCCCGCAUCCUCACCGCAGACGCCACGCCCGCCGCGACCGCCCUCGCAGUCCCUCAUCUGAUGACGUAGCGACUGGCAAGGAAACACACUCAUACAACCCAGACCGUUUGCCAUGUGUUUGUGUGUGUGUGUGUGUUCGGGGGUGGCUGUCUUCCUGCGCCGUGUACUGUGAGCCAAACCAUCCGCAGACACUUAUGUGCCCCCAACCGCUUAUCUGCUUCCUGGCCUAUUGUACCUAUCGUGAACAACCUGCUGUUGGUCGUGGCUGUUGGCCGUUUCCUCCUUCCUGUCUGAAUGAAUGCUUUGAGUACAGGACUACAGGUUGUUCGCUUUGAGCCUGCUGGGGGUGUGUCAGUUCAGCGCCUAAGGGAACGCUGGAGGGGUACAGUUGUGGUCCUAAAGUAGGCUAGGCUUUGGACAGGAGGGCGGGAUCUAGCAUUUUGUUGAGCGCAUGGGGGGGGGGUUCCUAGGGCUGCUAGGGAGGGGUUUGGCGUUGUGCGCGACCUGGAAGGGGGUUCCUUUCCAUCAGCUAGGCAUGAGCGCUGUCCCUGUGAGGAAUACUGACCGUGAGCCCGGGUGCUUGUACCUCCCCUGCGUGAGGUUAUUGAUUGUCAGGGACAUGCUCCCAUGCUGGUUGUGUGAACUAUUUAGCGGUGUACGGGAGCAGCAGCAGCAGCGGGUCUAUAACCCACGUGAUGGAUUGGCUCAGGUGAUUACUACCUCCACGUGAGGUGACAUAGUCAGGUAGUUAGGUGGGUAUGCUGCGACCCGGACACCUGGGAACGUGAGGAACAGUAUGCCUGGUUACCCGUCGCGCUUUAUCAGAGUGUUGGGGAAAUUCAAAUGGUUUCGAGAGAGCGUACAAGAUAGGGUACUUACACAAGGCAGACGUGAGAAACAAGCAGCAUAGGGAGAGAUAGGUCAGUGUAUGCGCGAGAUGUAUGUAACCUUCGUGAUCUAGGGGACUGCCCGUCUCAUCAGGAGACACUACUACCUGAGCUGUUAUUGUAGUCGGGAAUUGCGGCUGUUGGGUUUGUCAGUCGGGCAUAGCUGGGUUACUACAGGCGUGGCGCAUCUGUAUUUGGUGACUGGGAUUAUUUUGCGGUCCGUCCGUACUUCUGCCGUUAGCCAACGGUAUGUUCCGGCGUUGGACCUGUCAAUCUCGGUUUUAGCGCCGGGAGCUGCGUUGUUAGGGCGGUGGUUACUGCGUAGUGGCAGUGAUGCAAACUGAUUCGACUGGGUAGCCACGUGGAGCGACCCAUGGGUCCCUCCAUGUGGGUCGCCGCAUUGGAGUAGCAUGCCGCGCCGCAUUACGAGGUGCCGUCAAACCUAUGCUAUUCGGUUAUGCGUAGAUAGGCAGGUUAAAUUUACCAGGGCAAGUGGGGGG